CGUUUCGAGGUUGUACGUUAUAACAAAAUCCAAUUUUUAGUAAGCUGUGCUUCGAGUUCUGCUUUCCAAAUUUCACUCGUUGAAGUCCGAUCAUCGAUUACAGUGCUACUAAACAUGACGUGGUUCACGGAUUUAUUCACGCCUUCUCAAGCUCAGGAAGCCCAUGGGAAAGUGUUCGGCCAUGCGGCGCCUCAUCACAAAGCCUCAUGGACGCACGAGCUGAUCGCCGCCGCGGCCGGAUGCGAAGCUAUGCGGGCCUAUGAGAACCAUCACGGAACCGGUGGUUCGGUUGAUCACUCCUUAAUAAAAGACACGCUAGCGGCAUUGGCCGCAGCCGCAGUGGACCGCCUAAUUGAAACCCACGGACUGGAUUGGGUCGACGCCCAGAGAGCCAAAUCGCAUGCUGCGCAACAGGCACAUGGCCUGAUGACGGAAAAGCGGUAGAAACGCACACAACUGUUUAUCAUCAUGGAAUUACACAGGAUCAUACGAUCCAUCUUGUCAGCUUAAUCCGGCUUAUUGUUGCAGUUUGCCGCUUAACAAACGUUUAGUUCCUGAACUGUUAUUUUAAUGGUUUAAAGUUUAACCUGCGCUUGACACCGUUGUUACCGGUAGAAGUAUGUAGAUUUGAAA